AUGGCGCUGCGCCUCGACUUGGCAGAGUGGCAAGUAUGGAGCGGUCCGGGAAGUUUCUUCCGUUUUACUGUUGUGUUCCGUAGGCUUGAGGCGGAGCUCCCCAUAAGGCAGGGUGGGGCAGCUGCCCCACCUACCGCCGGCAUGGAGGAACCCCACCCCCAUCUUCUUCCUCCAUCUCGGUGUCGCACAGGAACAACUGCAGCGGCGCGACGCGAUAGCGUGAGGAAGAAGGCCGAGCCACGAGCGCCCGAGACGUGGUCCAAGUUUCAGUCGAGUAAGCUCAUUAGCCCAUCAGACCAAAAAAUACAGAGGCAGGGUGGCCUAUCUCGAAGAUUUUCGAAAGUUGUGUCCUAUUACGGUCUCACAACUCCGCCAUAUAAACUGGAUGCUCUGGAACCUUAUAUGAGCAAGAGGACAGUUGAACUUCACUGGGGUAAGCACCAUCAAGAUUAUGUGGAUGGCUUGAAUAAGCAGCUGGCUACCAGCCCUCUGUAUGGAUACACACUGGAGGAUCUGAUAAAAGAAGCCUACAACAAUGGCAAUCCAUUACCAGAGUAUAACAAUGCAGCACAGGUCUGGAACCAUCACUUCUUCUGGGAAUCAAUGCAACCAGAAGGUGGUGGCUUACCUGAGGGAGGUGUGCUACAGCAGAUUGAAAAGGAUUUUGGCUCGUUUACUAAUUUUAGGGAAGAGUUUAUCCGCUCAGCCUUACAACUAUUGGGGUCUGGUUGGGUUUGGCUUGUCUUGAAGCGAAAUGAGAGAAAGCUUUCAGUGGUUCAUACACGAAAUGCUAUCUCCCCACUUGCUUUUGGUGAUAUUCCAAUCAUCAGCCUAGACUUGUGGGAGCAUGCUUACUACUUAGAAUACAAGGAUGAUAGGCUAGCAUAUAUUACAAACUUUAUGGACCAUCUCAUCUCUUGGGAUACUGUCACUCUACGCAUGAUGCGUGCAGAGUCUUUUGUGAACCUUGGUGAGCCAACUAUCCCGGAGGCAUGA